AGCUCAAUGGCAGAGUGCCCGCCCUGGACAGUGACGUAACGCAGCUCUACACCAAUGGGAUUUGGCGGAUGAAGCUGCCUUCAUUUUAGCAAAACCAGUUGCUGGGUGUGAAUGCGCCUCUGCUGUUCUGCUGUUUGCGUGCAGCUUGUGUCCUGCCGUAGAAAAGAGGAGUCCUGUGGUAAAAUUGGCAAAGGGAGACUUUGAAGACCUGGCAGUGCGAAGCUCCGCACGCUAGAAACGGACUCAAGACUAGCUACCAUUCAGAAGCUGCAGUGGAUGGCCUAGGACAUAUUCACAAAUAUCAGAUUUACUGAGCUCAGCGGCCCACCAUGAGUGGCCAUGUGGAGAAAAAUGCCCAGACCGUCAGCCCUGACAUGCCAGCCAUGUUUGAUGGCAUGAAGUUGGCUGCAGUGGCCACUGUGCUCUACAUCAUAGUGCGCUGCCUCAACCUGAAGAGUCCCACAGCUGCCCCAGAAAUCACCUGUCAGGAUACCGCGCUUAACCGCUACCUGCUCAAGUCCUGCUCCAUCUUAACCAAAGAGUAUAUUCCACCAUUGUUGUGGGGUAAGAGUGGGCAUUUUCAAACUGCGCUCUAUGGAAAGAUGGGCAGAGUGAGCUCUCCUCACCCAUGUGGCAUGCGCUUGUAUCUUCCCAUGCAAGAUGGAGCUACAGCUACGUUUGACCUUUUUGAGCCUCUUGGUGACCAUCUAACUGGUGAUGAUAUAACCAUGGUGAUUUGCCCUGGGAUUGGUAACCACAGUGAGAAGCAUUACAUUCGCACCUUUGUGGGUUACUCCCAGAAACAGGGCUACAGAUGUGCUGUUCUAAACCACCUGGGGGCUCUUCCAAACAUUGAACUCACAUCCCCACGGAUGUUCACCUAUGGCUGUACCUGGGAAUUUUCAGCCAUGGUGAGCUACAUCAAACGGGCAUUCCCCCAGACUCGGCUCAUAGUGGUGGGCUUCAGUCUAGGUGGGAACAUUGUGUGUAAGUUCUUGGGGGAGAACCAGGCCAAUCAGGAAAAGGUGCUGUGCUGUGUGAGUGUCUGUCAAGGCUAUAGUGCGCUAAGAGCUCAGGAGACUUUUCUACAGUGGGACAGGUGCAGGAGGCUUUAUAACUUUCUCAUGGCAGACAACAUGAAAAAGAUCAUCCUAUCCCACAGAGGAAGCCUGUUUGGCACACGGUCCAGAAAAAUGGAGAUAAUGGACCUAAGUCGCCUGUAUACAGCCACAUCUCUGAUGCAGAUAGAUGACAACAUUAUGAGAAAGUUUCAUGGUCAUGACUCUUUAAAAGAAUAUUAUGAAAAGGAAAGCUGUGUACAUUACAUUCACAAUGUGAAUGUUCCUCUCCUCUUGGUGAACUCAUCAGAUGACCCUCUAGUCCAUGAAUCCCUACUAACCAUACCUCGGACACUAGCAGAAAAGAAAGAGAAUGUAAUCUUCGUGCUGACGCUGCAUGGAGGGCACCUAGGCUUCUUUGAAGGUGCUGUGCUCUUCCCUCAGCCUCUCACCUGGAUGGAUAAAGUUAUUGUCAGUUAUGCUAAUGCUAUCUGCCAGUGGCAGAAGCAGCAGCCACAAUGCCACCAAGCAACAGACUGCACAGAACUCAAAGGCAAAGCUUAACACUUCUCCAAUGGCCUGUUCACUCUAAAGAGUAACUCAAGCGCAUCCAAUGCCUGAUGCAUUACCUGGGUGUAUACUGAUGAAAGGAAGUCUUACACAUUCACAUAUCUCCAUAACUACAGCCGGUUUUCAGCUCAUUAAUAUCAAAUCUUUCAGCACAAAGUCAAUAAAACAUACACAGUGGGCUGAAAUAAAUGAUAAAUGAUAAUGCAGUUUAUGAAAGGAGGUCUCCGAGGGCAUAUAGGCUGUUAGUGAUAUGCCUCUUUAGGCCAGUUGAUUAAUGGGCAUUUAGUGAGAAGGGAAAGGGCACAUGUUCCAGCAUUUGAACAUGUUCUUUGUGAGAUGUGAAACUUCCGCAGCAGUAUAGUCAGGUCAUUUCCAAGGGAAAAGGAAUUGUUGAAUCUUGGUUUCAGUUUAUUCUGAUGUCCUAAGAAUGUCUUAAGCCCAGACACUCCUGUUGUGGGCAGUAGGUUUGUGCUAGCUGCUGAUGGGCAAUGCUUAUAAGGGAAGUAAAACAACAAUCAAGUAGACGAACAAGAAACCCUUUAGUUUUAGUUGAUUUCCUCUGUGUGACACUGCUGCCCCCUGCUGGCUAAAAGUAAAGGAUUUUAUUUUAUUAAAGGUCUGAAAAACAGGAAACGUGGAUUAUAAGAACACAUUCAUGACCAAGCAGUUGAGGAUUAAAUGAGAAAUCUGGGUGUGUAUGUACAUGUGUUUAUAAAGCAAUAACAUAGCGGUUCAUUUUGCCAUGUUGAUUAUUAGUGCUGAGUUUACUGCUGUGUUUAUGUCUAUGAAUAUUGUGCUGCUGUUUGCAUCAUUAGUUAAAGUGUUAAUCCCAGAUGUUAAUCCCGAAAAAGGAGCUUUAAAGAAAAUCAUGUGACAACAGGCUACUUCUGCUUUCUUUAAUGUGAUAACCAACAUCAUUUGUUGUGAUCAUCAUAAAAUUAAAUGUAUCAAGCAGCCUGUAGUUUCAAAAUGUCUGCGUAAUUAAAUCUUUAAGAUGUAAACAAUGUCAUUCAAUGUGGUUUAGUGCAAAAUGCUCCGUUCUAGAGAAACUUAAGAUGCAGAAUUGUUCACAGCAGUGGUGAUGGGAACCAGACAUCUGAAGUGAAUACCUCUGUACAAGCUACCACACAGCAGGUCAUUAUAUGAAAUGUACCCUGACUGAUGCCUGAGACAUUCCUUUUAUGAUAGUUUUAACAUAAGCUUUUAGCCUAAAACAUAUUUUUAAAAAUAUAUUAAUGGUGGACAUGUAAAUGCAAAGCCUUAUAAGGCAAAAUCAUACUUGAUGAAACUAUUCUUUCUAUUCUUUUACCACUAUUUUACUAUUCUCAACAUAUUAACAUAUUCCAUGUGAAAACUUAGAAGACAUGCAGGUUCACUGAUUAUUUUGGAGAGUAAAUAAAAUGGCUGUAUUUGCAGUGUAGACAUUAUGACACCUGUUUCCUGUCACCACUAUGAAGAAAUCAGAGUCUGUAAGUUUCUCUUUGUUUACAUCUCACUGAUUGAACUAUGCAGAUAUGCAAAUAAAUUUCCCUUUAACUUUCCUGUCCUACACAUGAAGUGUUGAUGUUUGAUAGUUAAGCUCAGUAGGACAAAUACUACAGCACAGCAAUGCAACACAGCAGUCCACUUGGUGGGAAAGCAUGGGGAAUAAGGAGAUCUGGAUUUUGACUAGUGUGUCAUAAGACUGCACAGUAGUUUCCAUUAUGUAGUAAAAUUAGCUAAUUCCAAAAUGUGGAUCUAAUAAUAGCAACAGCUUUUCUGUUUGCAGUUCAAACUGUUAAUCCCUUAUUGUUCUGUGAAACAAGCCUAGUGGAUGUCAUGGUCCCAUAUGUGUACAACACAUGCAGGUCUAUGUUGUGAACACAGGAAAAUUGUAUGUGCAAGGUGCAAAAUAAACUAUUUUUUGUAA